GCACUGAAACCGGUACACCCUCUCUCCAGCUGCUUCUCUAUGUGACUACCGGUGUAUAUUCUUCUGAAAUUUCAGUAUCAGCUCAUUUCUUGCUCUAUUCAAUCGAAAAAGUCUCUAAGAAUAAAAGAAUAUUUGAAAUUUACCUGGUGAAAUUAUUUAUUUAAAACAAAAAUAUAAAAUGGCAUCACCACCUCAAACUCCAACAUCGCCUACCAACAAUGGAUCUCCUCAUUUAGAGGCAAUAGAUCGAAUAAAAAAUAUUCCUGUGAUACAUUCCGCAAUUGAAAGAACAGGUUCAACAUAUAAUUAUCUAAAGGAUUCAAAUCAUUUAAUUAAUUGGGCAUUAAGUCAUGCUGAAGCUGGUCUUCAUUAUGCCACUGCAGCAGCUGCACCAAUAGCAACACCUCUAGCAAAAAAAUUCGAAGGACAAAUAAGCGCUGUUGAUCAAAAAUUAUGUCAAGGUCUUGAUGUUGUUGAAGAAAAAGUACCAAUAGUAAAACAACCACCUCAACAGAUUUAUGAUGCAGCCAAAGAAGUGAUGAGUAGUUCAUUACAACCGACUGUUGAUAAAUUAAUGACUGCAAAACAAUCAGCAACUCAACAGGCUUCAUCACUUAAGGAAAUUAGCAUAAACAAAGCUAAUGAAAUUCUUAACACACGUUGUGGUACUUUAGCUGUUCAAGGUGUUGACAGUACGAGUGCUCUUGUCACUAAAUUAUUGGAUCAUUUCUUCCCACCAAUUCCUGGAGAAGAUGCUCAACCUGCACCAGUUUCAGCUGAUGAGAAUAAAGUUCUACACGCUGUACAAACAAUUGGUCAAUUGUCAACGAAAACAGCUAAUCGUGUUUAUCAUUCAGUUUCCGCUCAACUAAAAACAAUUAAAAAAGAAGACGUCUCAAUGUACAUUUCAAAUGUUGUCUCAAUUCUUCAUCUCACACAUUUUUUGAAUCUCGAUAAAAAAGAAGGAAGUCCAUCUGGAUCAGAAAAUAGUUCACCAACUCAUUCAGAGAAAAUGGAACAGAAAUUAUAAUUUAUUUCUUUAAUUAAUACUCUCUAAAUUCUGAAUUAGUUAAAUUUUUUUUAACUUAUUCUAAUAUAGAGAGUGAAAAAAAGGUGAGAGGCUUUCAAAUUACAAAAAAAAAACAAAAUUCUUGCUGAUCAUUCAACAAAGAAAGUAAAUGCUGUCCUUUUUGAUAAAUCUGUAUAUAUAUAAAAGUGUCAAUUAGUUUUGACGUCUUUUCGAAAAAUUUACAUAUAUUUAAUACUAAUUUAAUAUGAAAACAUAUUUGAUUAUAUUAGCAAGAAGUUUCUGAUUUUGUUACAAAGUCAAUUUAAAAUUCUAUAAAUAUAUUUCAUUUUAUAAACUUGUCAGAAUAAGUUUAAAAAAAAGUAGAGAUACUGAUUUAAUGAAAUUUUUUCAGUAAUUACAAACUUCCUAAGAUCUUUGAAUGCUUCUUAGAAUGCUUUUCAAUUGUCUUUCACUUAUUUAACUAUUGCACUAGUUCAUUAAUUGAUUUUGAAAUCGAAUUUAUUUUUAUUAUUAAUUAAUUAUCAUUCACUUUUAAUUAAUUUACUACUGAUUCAUUUGAAUUUUUCUGAUUUUUCAAAGAACUAUUAGAAUAAAACCUUUCUUAAAUAUUACGAUAAUUGAACACGUUUUAA